ACCAAAUCAAAAAUGUAGCUGUAAUCCUUCACUAACAAAAUGGCGCUCACUUUGACUGAGGAUGCUAUCAGAAGUCGAGUUAGCUUGACUCACGAUAAUCUGGAGGAUGUAAAAUCCCUGUCUUUGCCUGGAACAUAUCAUGAGAAGAUUGUGUCUCUUGGCACUUCCUUACGCAAAUUCACAAAACUGAAGUCUCUUGAUUUAUCAAGAAAUGCCUUAGAAUCUCUCCAGGGCUUAGAAAGUCUUGGCCUUUUGGAAAAGCUGAAUCUCUACUACAACAACAUUGGAAGUCUAGAAGAACUAAAGCGUCUAAAACAUACACCAAAUCUAAAGGAACUGGAUCUUCGUUUGAACCCUGUUACGCGUUCAGAGCCUGAUUAUCGUCUUUAUCUUAUACAUAUGCUUCCCUCAUUGCAGAAAUUAGAUGAUCGGAGUGUACGCGACAGGGAACGGCAGGCUGCCUUGACCCAUUUUAGUUCUAGCCAGGCAACAGAAAUGACCUACCACCCACCAAAAAAAGAGCAAACCCAGAAGUCACCGCACCCCCGUGCUGAAUUUACCUCUAAGCUUGGAAAACCUUCAGUACUUGAUGAUGAUGACGUGGCAAUUUUGGAUUUGAUUGCCAAAAAGAAUGGAGACCUGGGACAGCCAACCCACCUAACAGGAUCUGUUGCUAGAGAGCCAGCUAUGGAAGAAUAUUCUUUGGAAAUGUUGAAGAGCCUGAGUACUCAGGACCUGUCAGCUUCAGAGACUGGGCUUUCAUCAUUGCCGCCAACUGGAAAAGCAAAAAAAGCAUCAAGUUUGCCACCUCCAAAGAAUGAUGAUAAUGCAUUAGCUGCAUACAAAGAUAGAUACCCAAAUAUUGCUAGUAUUGCUUCAAAUGAAUUACCACUGAAAUCUGAGCACAAGAGAUAUGAUCCUCAUCUUCAGUAUCAAGAUGAGGUUGAUGCCUACUCCAAAUAUAGAAGUCAUGGUUAUUUCACACCAAACCCCACAAAAGAAGAGAAUCCAUCAGAUGUUAGCCAGUUGCCUACAGAAAGAGGAGCUUACCCUCCACCUCCAGAUCUUCCAACCAGGGUAGGCCAUGAAAGAGAAAGGGGCAGAGAGAAAGACAGCUACAAAGAUGGUGGAGAUGCUGAAAUGAGAACCAGACAUAGACGCACAAACAGUGUUCCUUCAAAUACUCAAGUGUUCAGUACGGAGCAAGCUCUUCCAGAACCUUCUCAACCAACAUGGCAGUCUCUUCACCCAUCUUCUAAGCGGCACAAUGCUGGGCUUGUACAGGCACGUCUAAAUGACAAUCCUGUGAUGAUGCAUAUGCUUUUCAGGAUACUGGAUUAUGUGGAUCGGUAUUGGAAUGGCUCUAAGUCAUUGCACCAACAUGCCAAGUUUCUUGGUUUGGCACUUGACGUCAUUGAAGAUAUGCUUAAAGAUGGAUCUCUGACUGGCCUUCAAUCAAACAUCAAUACCCUCAAGCAGCAUGUAGAACGACUGAAAGAAGAGAAUACAAGUCUGAGAGAAUCACAGGCUCGAAACUCAAACAAAGACACCACUACAGCUAGUGAGGCACAGUUGAAGAUGUCUCUCAAACAAGCUCGUAGUGAAGUGGAAAGAUUGGGAAUGGAUUUGGAGCAGUAUGUCAAGGAAAAUAAUCGACUGCAGCGAAAACUAGACCUUCAGGAAUCUGCCGCAUCCUAUAAUCUUGGUGGGGCUGCUCCAGCUCCAACCUUGCACAAUGAUCUUCAGCGACAGAAUGAGGCAUUAAGUCAUGAAAUUGAUGGACUUCGCAAUCGUCUGAAACAGUAUGCUCAGAUGCAGGAACUUGCAUCCAUGUUACAGAGAACACACUUAUCCCUGGUGCAGACUAAUGAUCAUCUACUUCGAGAAAUGGAAGAGGAACGUCGACGACAUCGACAUGAAGUUGAGCAGAUGCGUUGGAGCUAUGAUCAGUUGAAGAAGACCAUGAGCUACCUUCCCUCUACCAUAAAGCAUGAUUCCACUGUUACUACAAAUAACAUCACUUCCACUGCCAGUCUCUUCAGAGAUACAGAUCAUUAAGUUAUAUUCCUUUUAUAUGUGCUGCUCAUACUUCAGUUUUAAAGCGACACCAUAAAACAUUAAUUUCACUUACAUAAACAAAUAUUAUAUGAUAUAGCGCCUUUAUAGAGGUCAGCAGUUUUAACAGUUUUAAGACCUUUCGCUGAACUGCUGGUCAAUGCUUAUGUAGAUAAUACUUUUGCUUUUGCUGCCUAAGCUGAAGAUUCUUUGCUGUUUCUGCUUAGACAAGUUAAGCUAUAGAAUAUUGUAAAUACUCAGGUUUUAAUUACAUUUCACUAUGGUCAUUUCCAUGAAAACUAUAGACCGUCAAAUGGAACAAUACAAUUGAGCAUAUGUCCAAAAAUAUUGUCUUCCAACUCACUAUUCUUUAUUUAGACAGUUCUUUAUAAUACUCGUGUGUGUACAUAGCAUAUUAGGCUGAAAAUGUUUGCUGAAAAGGUUCUGAAUUAUAGCCAAUGGACAACAUCUAAGAUUGAUAAGAUUCCACCAUAAGACAAGUAUAAUGAGCAUAUGUGUUUAUGUGAAUCAUAUUUAAAAUUGCUUGAAAGCUCAAUUUAAAUCCUCAAAGCAUCUUUGUUUUAAAAUCCUAAUUGCUUUUGGAAGCAGUUUACUUCUGCUUUUAACAUUCACCAGCUUGUGUUAUUGAAUUUUUUAAUUUAAAAAAAAAACUUAUCUGUAGAACUAAAAUUAAAAAUGACCAGUUUGAUGGUAACAGAAGUUCAAAAUCCCUUUAAAAUAAAAUUGUAAAGAUGUGAAGAUUCAACAGUUAACACAAAAAGGCUUUAUUUUAACCCUCUGAACACUAUUGCUGCUGUGAGGUAAAUAUUAGACCAAGAAACCUAUAAAUUUUUGGAAGGGAGGAAGCUUAAACUUUGUAAUAAAAGUAAUGAAAAUUGCCCAGCAAAACCAUGAUUGUGCUCUCAGGGUUAAGAUUUAAAAAGAUGUUUUUUCCUACUUUUACCACCAUAGAAAUGCAAAGGGGGGAAAAGUGUGGAUGGCAACUUGUGGUCAGUGUCAUCAAUUUCAAAAGUACUAGACUGUGCAAGUUUUACUCAGGUUGGUGACCAAAAAACUCACUCUGCCUCCUCCGGUCAUUCCUGAUUUUUAUCAAGGAACAUGAAAGGUGUCAGAAGAACUUUGGGCUCCUUCUUCCACAUACUGUACCCUAGACCUUGUGAACCCCUUCUUCUAGGCUUCAGAACCUUGAAUUUUUACCUGUUGCAGUAGGUUGUAGUAUUAUUCAAGAGAUUUUUUAUGUAGUAUAGGUAUCUAUAUUAACCAAACAUGUUUAGAUAACAUUCCAUCUUUUUUUAAUUUCUUUAAGGCUGAGAUGUACAGUACUUUAGUGCAGAUGUACUUUUUGAAAGUCACUGCUACAAGAAGCCUCUUAAAGUCUAGAUUUUCAUGUGUUUGUACUUGUUCUGAAACUAAAUUAUUUAAACUUUCAUGUUCAAACAUUGUGAUAUAUUUGUUUCUGAUUAUAUGUCAAUGAAAUUGACCUAAACAACCAUAAAAAUGUUUAGGCAUGAAAUAUUUAGCCUUAGUUAAAGUUUGGACAACUUCCAGCCUUACGGAACAGAGAUUGCUUAAAUAUUGAAUGUGAUCAUGCAUUUCUGUACUUUGAUUAAAGAUGAGAAAAUCAGUAAAUAUGAAACCAGGAAGUCUCGUAUUCUGAAAAAUGAGCAUUUUGCCACAUAGAGACUAGGUUCAGCAUUUUUUUCGCUCUUACUUCUCAUCUUUUAAGGUAUUGUAGAAUUUUCUGAAGAACACUGUACAACCCACAUUUGACAUCAAGGGGCAGUUCGAUCCUUUUGUGCUUGUAAAACUUUGACAGGGUGCGGCCAUUUUCAGAUUAAACUGGAAUCUCCUACAGCACAGAAACUGUUAUUUCCUUUGCUUAUCAAAAAUUUCUUUAAAAUAGUGAUCAUGUUUUUGCACAGUCUGAGGUGUAGGUGUGCGUGUGUGUGAGGGGAGUCCAAAUGCUAAUUCUAUAAAAAUGCAUCAUUGUUAUAAAUGAAGUAUUUUUAUGUGCAAAUGUCAGAAAAAAAAUUUUCCAAUAAAUGUCAGUAGGCUAUCACAUUUUUAAA